AUGGAGGGGCUGGUGCUGGAUAACAGAUACUACGCUGGGAGCUGCCUGCCUCACUACAUACAGGAUGUCCGAUACAGGAUGCCUCAUAACUUACAGCAGUACACUCUGCAGACAAAAGGCUCGUAUGAUUUCACCUGCAGCUUUGAGUCGUACUCUGAUUACAUGGAUUACACCAUGAAGGAGCGGAUGACCCAGACCAUCGUCAGCUUCGGCUUCGCCAUCCCGGGAAUAUUUGAAUUUGGUUUCAAUUUCAAUAACGCCAAAUUUACCAGGUCAGUCCAGAAAGCUCCGCAGGGCCCUGGCAAGACCAGCUUCGUGAGAGCCAAGGCGGAGCUGGAGCUGGCCCAGUACAUGCUGAAGUCCGAGGGUUUGAUGCUUCACCCCGAGUUCCUGCAGCGCCUGCGCUCUCUGCCGCAGUCCUACGUCUACGGGGAGUACAGGCAUAUCUACAGAGACUUCGGCACCCACUUUGUCACCGAGGCUGUGCUGGGGGGAGACUACGAGCACACCAUCAUUCUGGACAAGGAGAAGCUUGAAAAGUCAGAUUAUUCUUUGGAUGACUACAAGCGCUGCGUGCAGGCAGGCCUCAAGGUUGGGGCGAACAUAUUUGGUGUGUAUGUGACUGCCGGGGCCCACGGCGGAUCUUGCGACGGCUUACUGAAUGAGAUGGGAGAGGAAACGGUUCGCGGCAGCGUGGUGGAGGACUUCGUGGCCGUUGUGAAAGGAGGGCAGCAGUGAGUCCAUCACGGCGCGGUGUCCAAGAAGCUGCCGACCCCACAGCUGAUGAGGCUGUGGGGCGCCGGCGUGCGUUUCAACCCGGACUUCAUCCGCAGGACGACCCGUCCGCUGUACGAGUUGGUGACCUCCAGGGACUUUUCCUAUGAUGCCUUUCUGAAGAGGAACCUGAAGCGAGCGCUGUCGGAGUACCUGGCAGAGGCCAGCCCGUGUCGCUGUGCUCCUUGCCACAACGGGGUGGCCGUUCUGAGAGCCGGUGUUGACUGUGUGUGUCCCGUCGGUUUCACUGGAACGGGCUGUGAGAUCACUAACAGACCGAAGCAGAUAGCCAUUGAUGGCAGCUGGAGCUGCUGGGGAUCCUGGUCAUCCUGCAGCGGAAACAAAAGGACACGGAGUCGAGAGUGUAACAAUCCAGCCCCGAGCAGCGGAGGCAUGAGCUGCAGAGGACUGCAGCAGGAGUCCGCCGAAUGCUAA